CGACUUCAACGACUCCUUGCCAACGUGUCUCUAAACUGUCACCAAACUGAUUGAUUGCCUCUGAGCAGCGUUCACUACUUUGCGAGCACACAUACACCUCAUCGUCCUUGUAUUAUUCAACGGGUGUUGCAAGUGAUAGAUCUGCCAGACGGGGAGCGGAGCAGGCAGGGCUGCCAAGGAACACACGGCGGGUGUGCCACCCACCUCGCAGCGCCCACGCCCACAGCAGGCCCGCGCGGGCUUCCUGAACUCAGCCAGCCUGGCACUUCUUAGCUCGGAUAUUUCUCAUACUAGCUAGCUGGUCUCCAAGCAUGACAGGUGGCUCGGUGAGCCCCGCGGAGGUCCGGUCCGUGCUGCGCGCUGUGCUCCGCGCCGUGGACCGCCACCUCACACCCGCCAGCGGCAGCCCCGUGUGGCGCAAGGAGGUCAUGUCCCGCUUCCGCGCCGGCGGCACCAGCACCAGCACCAGCCCGGCUUCCACCCGUGCCGCCACCGACUCCCAGCCCGGGUCUAGCGGGCGCGCCGCGCCCGACGGCUUCGACCGCGCCGCGCUGCCCAUUGCGCCGGCGGGGCGCGCGCCCACGCCCGGGCAGGCGCUUGCGGCGGCGCGGGAGUGGGCCGAGCUCGCCGCCAACAUCGCCCGUCACAAGCAGCUGCUGCUGUCGUACAACAUCGGUCUGGACGUGGACGAGCGCACCAAGCGCAUGGUGGAGGCCACGGCGAGGCGGGUGGGGUUCGCGCUGCCAGCCGACACGGACGACAUCCAGACGGAGCAGCAGCGGCAGGCGGCGGCGGCCAGGAAGGCGGCGGCGGUGGGGAAAGCGGCGGCGGUGGCGGAGAGGGAGGAGAGGGAAGCGGCGGCAGGGAGCGCGGGCGCGGCAGGGAGAGGUGCCGGGAGGUAGACGGGGAAUGCGGCGGGGGGGAGGUAUGGCAUAGAGUGUGUGACUACCGCAGUUGAGGUGUGCUAGUUGUUUCGGUGGGCGGGGGCAGUGGCUUUGCUGUGUCGUACCAUGGUUUGUAUGGUGAUGACAGCCGCGCGCCUCGAGCGACCUGAAGCCCGAGCUCUUGAUGCAGCGUGCCUAGGUCGGUCGCAGGCGAGAGGUCGAGGAGUGUGUUGGCAGCCAGGUGUGUUGGCAGCGUGCUGUGCUAAGCAGGCCUCCCAGACACGAGGCCGCAGUCUCCGGCACGUUGCUGGUGCCACAUGUCUAUGUGACUAUCUGAGGGCCCUGUUGUUGGAUGCACGGUUCGAGGCAAGGGGAGGAAGUCGACGCCGUGCAUGCGUAAUGCGGUAUGUGUGCCUCGUAUUGGAAGUCACAUAUCAUACACUGUCCCAUCGCGCAUACAUGGACGCGCGUUAGGGGCUGCACCAGCAAGGAAAGAAGGGCAAAAGGGCUGCGCUGUGUGGCUGUGGCUGCUAAGACAGGCACGUGGCUGUGUUGGAGGCCGCGCCGGAGCCUGGGUCUGUAAAUGUCAGGGUGC